UAGAGAGUUAUCUAAUUUAUCAAACAGUCAAUUUUCAUUCGACCUUCUUAAUACAAACGGUUAUCACGUUCAUCAAUACAAUGGAAUGCCAGCAUCCUUUAUAGGUUCUACGCAAGAUAAUUCUCCUGCACAAAAUAUUUAUUUCACAUCAUCAGAAUAUUUUAAUAAUUCCAAUUUAGAAUUUCAUGAUCUAGAGUUAUAG